GCUCACCAUAUAACAACACAAAUUAGUCUCCCCCUCCUUCUGCUCUAAAGCUAUGGAUUCCUCAUCGACUCAAAGUGGCCAUGACCAAAUGGAAACAAAAGAAUGUGACACCAUAAUUCCGGUAACCAAACACCCUUCCUCCCGGCGAACGCCUUCGUUUUCUUCGUCUUCAUCGCUUUCAUCAUCGCCAUCUUCGCUUGGAUCUUUGUAUUUUCUCGAUGACUCGCCACUCAGUCCUCCGACACCACUCCGAUUUUCAGGUGUACCAUUUUCUUGGGAACAUUUACCAGGGAUCCCUAAGAAGCUGCAAAAUCACAAGCAGAAAGAAUCCAUGAAGCUGCUGCCAUUGCCCCCCCCGGCUACUCCACCAACCUCAAAAAAGAACAGAGCUUCCGGUGCUGCUGACAGUUUCCUAAUGGAUCCAUUUUUCACUGCUUUGGUUGAAUGUUCAAAGGAUGAUGAUGAUGAUGAUCAAGAAUCUGCAAGCAAUUUCUGGAAUGGAGCAAAGGUAACAAGGAGUAUCAGUGACAGGUUUGGAUUUAUUAAUCUUUACGCUUCUUGUAAAAGAACUUGUGCAGUUUCAGAAUCCAUAGUCUAUCUUCCAAGGUCUAGCAGAACAGCUAAUUAUAGCCUAAUUAAUCGUCGAUCUCGUUAAAUGUAACACCCAUCUAUUACGGAGCAUAUUACCUAUGUACUACGCUUAAUCAAUCACAAUCUAGAAUUAUGUUAGAUCAGUCAAAAUUUUAUAUAAAACCCACGUUUAUAAGUGGCGAAUCCCUGUAUAAUUCUGUAUUAUGAUUCGAUAAUUGUAUGAUUAUAUCACGUACUGGGGUUGUGAUCAUGUUGUCAAAAGAAAGAAGAGAACUUGCGAUUGUUUUUCUUCUGUUUUGUACGCAUAUGAGGACAAGGAUGGUGAUGUUUUCAUGAGUGAAAGUCAUUUGUAAUAUAAUAUGAACAGAAAUGAAGAACUUGGCCCGUUUGAU